AUGGAAAGGGCUCAAACUGCUAACCAGCUCAGAUCCGAAGCCAAGGAUAGGGCGAACGCGAGCGAGGAAUCGCUCGAGUUAGCCAAAGAGGAGUUUGCCAAGGGAAAGGCUGAGUUAAAGGAGUUGAAGGCGGCCAAGGAAAAAGCCGAAUCUGAAGUUUCUAUGGCGCUUGAGGCUGGGAGGAGCGCCGCCUUCAUGGAAUAUUUGUGUUUUUAUAUGGAUAUGGAACCUGACAAUGAUUGUGGUUGGAAGCCAAAAGUAGGAAUGACCUUUGAUUCGGAAGAAAGUGCGUACGAUUUUUAUAAUGCAUAUGGAAGAAGAAUGGGAUUUAGCAUAAGAAGGGAAUAUUGUAAGAAGAACAAGUUAACAAAACAAAUUAUUUCUAGAAAUUUGGUUUGCAACAAAGAGGGAUUUCGGAAGGUUAACAAGCGAGACCCAUUGACAAAAACCCCUAGAGCUGAAACUAGGACUGGUUGUGAGGCCCGACUUUUUGUUAAAUUGGAUGUCAAUAGUGGGAAAUUUGUUGUGAUUGAUUUCAAAGAAAAACACAACCAUGAACAUGUAUCUCUUGAUUGUGCCCAUAUGUUGUCAUCGCAAAGAAAGAUAUCAGAUACCCAAGCAAUUGAGUUAGACUUAGCCUCAGAGUCUGGUCUUUGUUUAGGGCAGUCUUUUGAACUGAUGGGUAGGGAAGCUGGAGGGAAGUCUCUUGACAAUGAAGAGCAAAUAACGAAUAUGUUUUGGGCCGAUGCACAAAUGGUCAUGGAUUAUGCCCAAUUUGGCGAUGUAGUUACAUUUGAUACUACCUACAAGUUAAAUAAAGAGCAUAGGCCAUUUGCAUCUUUUGUGGGAUGUAAUCACCAUAGAGAAACAGUUGUUUUUGGUGCUGCGUUGUUAUAUGAUAAGACUGCCGAAACAUUUGUAUGGUUAUUUCAAACUUUUUUAGAGGCUAUGUCAAAAAAGGCACCAAAAACUUUGUUUACCGAUGAAGAUGCUGCAAUGGCUAAGGCCAUACCCAUUGUCAUGCCUGACACGAGUCACCGUUUGUGCACUUGGCACUUGAUGCAAAAUGCAUUAAGGCAUGUGGGGGAAAUGCUUGAUACAUAUGAUGCUCAUGACAAUCAUUGGUUGAAGUUGAUUUUUGGGGUGAAGGAAAAAUGGGGCUGGCCAUAUGUCAGAUCAACAUGGGUUGCGGGAAUGAGUACAACACAACUUAGUGAAUCUUUUAAUGCGUUUUUGAAGGAUUACAUUCGAUCUGAUUUUAAUUUAAAUGAAUUCUUCAUGCAUUUUGAAAGGGUACAUUGUGAGAAGCGGUACAAAGAGUUAGAAACUGGAUAUGCUUUAUGCCAAAGGUUGCCAAGGGUGAGAGCGCCAUUCAUAAUGUUAAGUCAAAUGGAUAAUGUGUACACUAAAAAUAUUUUUGAGGAGUUUCAAGAUGAGUAUUUUCUUUCUGUUGAAUCAGAAAUACAAGCAAUUGAAUACAUUGAUGGUUGUAGCCUAUACACAGUUGUUGACGCUAUUGGGAAAAAUGCAAGGAAAGUGACAAUGGAGAUGGAUGGCUCUUUGGCUUGUAGUUGUUCAAAGUUUGAAAAGAAAGGGAUUUUGUGCAGUCACUGUUUGAAGGUUAUGAGAGAAAUAUUGAAGUUGAAAGAGAUUCCUUCACAAUACAUUAUGAAGAGGUGGACCAAACAAGCAAGAGAAGAAGCUGUGAUGGACAAGUUAGGGAAUGAGAUUCAAAUAGACGUCAAAUUCAAACAAGCCUCACGGUAUAAGACAUUGAUGACCGCAUUUAGAUCAAUAGCAUGUAGAGCUGCUGAAACUGAGGAAAGUUAUGAUUUUUGUUGUUCACAAGUAGCUGCAUUAGGUGCAGAUGUUAAAAGCAAGAUAAGUGCACAUUUUUGUCCUGAGAAAGAAGUAAGCAUUAAUGAUCAACCUCAAACCUGUGAGCAAGAAGACAACAAUCAUGUUGUGAAAAUUCCAAUAGGAUUGAAGAAAAAGCAUCCAACUAGUAAGGGCAAAAGAAGGAUAAAAGGUCCAUGUGAGCUGGCAUUGCAAGCAAGCUUUAAAAAGAAGUCACGUGCACAAUUUUUGAGUUCUUCAAGACCUGUUGCUGCUCCAACAGUGAGACCUUCUCCAUUAUCUAUUGGAGGAGACGUAAGUAUUUAUGAAAAUGUUACUCCUCUUCAUCCUCCUCUUGCUCCCCCUCCUCCUCCUCAUUCCGUUGCCAUGGGUGGUACAAUUCCUCUUCCAUUAAUAUAUCCCACAUAUAAUGCAAACAAUUUGGCAUAUUGUGGACAACCAACAUUUAUGACACUACUUCAAGGUGGGUAUGCCAUUGGGUUUGAAGAUUCUCAAGGCUCACAGACAGGUUCUCGGCCAACCAAUAAUUUGAUGUUGUAUACUGAGGUACUUUUGCUGCUGAUUUGGGUUUGGAUGGCCAUGAAGAGGUGGAAGGCACUUCAAAUUUCAUGCAUAGGAGAUGCCUCUGAGCUGCUGUAUUUAACAUUGAUGUUGAUGUUGAAGUUGAAGUAUUUAAUUGUGAAACUUGUUGAAUGGUGA